CUUUUUCGUUUCUUUUUUUUUCUUUUUUUUGUAAAACUUGCUGAAACUACUCCCAGCUUCCAGCUUCGAACUCAAGCACAGACGCAAACGAGAAAAUUUCAAAAAUUUCCCAACUUUCACCAUGAGUACCAUGAAAUUUUGCCGCGAAUGCAACAAUAUACUGUACCCGAAGGAAGACAAAGAGCAGAAGAUUCUGCUUUACGCUUGCCGCAAUUGUGAUCACCAGGAAGUUGCUGACAACAACUGCGUUUAUAGAAAUGAGAUACACCAUUCUGUUGGAGAGCGCACCCAAGUUCUGCAAGACGUGGCUGCAGAUCCAACACUCCCACGAACAAAAUCAGUUCGUUGUGCAAAUUGUGGUCACGGAGAAGCUGUUUUCUUCCAGGCAACUGCUAGAGGAGAAGAAGGGAUGACAUUGUUCUUUGUUUGCUGCAACCCCAACUGUGGCAAUCGCUGGAGAGAUUAGAUUGCAUAUUCUGCUACUGAAUGCAACUUGUAGACUGGAAAAGGCUGAUUUUUUACUAAAUAUCUUCAUCUGUAUCGACUCGUUAAAUCUGGUUUUGGAUAACUGCAUUUCCAGUAGAAAGUCUGAUUUUUUACUCAAUAUCUUCAUCUGUAUCGUCUCGUUAAAUCUGGUUUUCGAUAACUGCAUUUCCAGUAGGUUCACAGGCUCCGGUGGUUGUUAUAUUCCCAUAUUUGCUUGAACGUUUUCUUGGAGAAUAUUACUAAUUUUGGCAUAUUAUUGCGCAAGUGAUCUUCACUUAGAGGAGUAACAUUUUUCAAUUUGAGAAGAAACAAGAAAGUGUCAUAUAUUCCUCACUUCCCUCUUUUUAACUGUAGAUAAAUCUUUGAGUAAAAGAAAUCAUUUUUAUUGACACUUUAAGUCCCACGUUACCUCUCAAAUUCUCCUUGUUUGAUCUGUAUGUCUUUGUAAUAAGACAUUUGAUGCCCACAUCCAACAAAGCAACAAAUGAAGUUUGAUAUCAAGAACCUAAACAGGCAGAAAAUAAAAGCCACAUAAUUUCACUUUUUUAUAAAGCAGGACAAAGUCUCCAGUCAUAAGCCACUACACCCCAAAAAAUGGAGUCAAUUCCUCUCAACCACCUCUUCUUCUUCUUCCUCAGCAUCACCGCCGUCCUCCGCCACUCCACCGCCGUGUCACCCUUCCCCAAGGAAGCUCUCCCCAACAGAUCAGGCUACUUGACAGUCAACUCCACCACCGGUUCGGCCAUCUUCUACACAUUCUAUGAAGCUCAAAACUCCUACAACAACACCUCAAGCUCCCAAACUCCAAUACUGAUUUGGCUUCAAGGCGGGCCGGGCUGCUCAUCGAUGCUAGCCAACUUCUACGAGUUCGGGCCGUGGCUAGUGAAGCAAGAUCUCUCACUCGGGCCUAAUCCAGGUUCUUGGAACAGAAUCUUUGGAUUGCUGUUUCUUGAUAAUCCUAUAGGCUCUGGCUUCAGCAUUGCUGCUUCAACUCAAGAAAUCCCUCGGAACCAAUACGAUGUGGCUGAGCAUCUCUUUGUAGCAAUCAAGAAGUUCAUUGGUUUGGAUGCAACCUUCAAAAGUAGGCCAGUUUACAUAACUGGUGAGAGUUAUGCUGGAAAAUAUGUGCCUGCAAUUGGGUACUACAUUUUGAAGAAGAAUCCCAGUUUGAAGUUUGAAAGUAGAGUGAAUUUGGCUGGUGUUGCUAUUGGAAAUAGUUUGACUGAUCCUGAGCUGCAAGUGGCAACUCAUGCUGUGAAUGCAUACAAUUUGGGAUUGAUAAAUGACAAGCAGAAGGCCCUUUUGGAGGAGAUUCAGUUGGAGGCUGUUGGUCAUGUGAGACGAGGGCGUUGGGGGGAAGCAACGGAUGCAAGAACCCGCGUGCUGAACACGCUGGAAAACAUGACUGGAUUGGCCACACUGUAUGACUUCACAAGGCUGAUUCCUUACCAGGAUGAUCUGGUGGCUGAGUUCUUGAACAAUGUGGAGGCGAAGAGGGCUCUUGGGGCGAACGAGUCUAUGGUGUUCGAGCUGUGCAGUGAUGUCGUGGGGGACGUGUUGAAGGAUGAUGUGAUGAAGAGUGUGAGGUACAUGGCGGAGUUCUUGGUGAAGAACACCAGAGUGUUGCUGUACCAAGGGCAGUGUGAUUUGAGAGACGGCGUGGUGUCUAACUUGGCGUGGAUGAAGGAGAUGGAUUGGGACGCGAUUGGUGAGUUCUUGGACGCGGAGAGGAAGGUGUGGAGGGUGGAUGGGAAGCUUGCUGGCUAUGUGCAGAGAUGGAAGAGCCUUACCCAUGCUGUGGUGAUGAAUGCUGGACAUCUUGUGCCUACUGAUCAGCCUAUUAAUUCUCAAGUUAUGAUAGAAGAUUGGGUUUUGGAGAAGGGGCUGUUUGCUGCUCAAGAAAGUGUGCCACAAGACAAAUAAUUUUAGGACUUUGGUUUGUAACAUGUAAUAACAAGUGAGAAGCCAAUGUUGAUGAAAUCAAACAAUUUGUCAUUCAUUGCAA